AUGCCAAGAAGUUUGCUGAAGAAACAUGGGCGAAGAACAAAGAUGAAUGUACAUCUUCUCAUCUGUAUUUUGACCUUGAUAUAAUCGUCGUCGUAUUUGACUGACGCUAUUGGAUUUUGUACGCUAAGAAGGCAGCAUUUGAAGAGGCAGAGAAGAAAAAAGAAGAGGAGGAAUCUAAGGAUGCAGUUGAUUCUGAUGUAAGUCAAUGAGUAUGCUCUGUUGUUGGUAUUAGUUGUUUGAUAGUUCUGGUUCUUAACCUUGCCAGAUUCCAUUUCUACAGUAACGACAUGACCCGUUAAGUAGAGGCACACCACUUCUGCGCCCAUCAGAACAAAGAGAUGCGGCAGUGCUUGAUCUACGACAGCCCCGAAAAGGACGCCCGUCUCAUAGGGCUGGAGUAUCUGAUCUCGGAGAACCUGUUCCUGACGCUACCAGACGAGGAGAAGCCACUGUGGCACUUCCACGAGUACGAGGUUAAGAGCGGGGUGGACAAGGGCGAUAAUUUGCCUCUGGGCCUGCCUCAGCUCAUGAUGGCCGUCACCAGAGACGGUCAGCUCUACGAUGAACUCGCCAAGAGUAAGCCCACUCUUCUUUUCAACAAUUUAUAGUUUAAAUAAUUUUAAUUAAAGUGACAAAGUUCUUGAAUUGAGUGUUGAAAUAAAUAAUUUUUCAGUUG